GGUCUGCGCGUUCACUGUGCGCGAGCGCCACUGCCUUCUGCUGUGAGAGAGGAGAUGCGCGCGGGGUCAAUCAAUAAAGCGAGGACACAGACACGGAGGAGCCGAGAUUGGGGUCGACUCCUUUAGCCAUGUUGGCUGCGACGUGUAACAAAAUCGGGAGUCCGAGUCCUUCUCCUUCCUCUAUUUCGGAUAACUCGUCUUCGUUCGGAAAAGGAUUCCACCCGUGGAAACGAGCGGCAGCCAGCAGCUGUAGUUUGGGAUCCAGUUUAUCCUCUUUCGCUCGGAAUGGUGGUGGUUUAAGCGACUCUUUUGGUACGAACACGUCCACGGGAUCCAGUGCCUUUUCCUUAACUUCUGGUACUUCAUCCAACUCCCACUUCGCAAACGACUACUCCGUUUUCCAGGCGUCGGUUUCCAACAACUCCCAAGAGCCCAGCCACCAGCCCAUGUUUAUUUCCAAGGUGCACACGUCCGUGGACAGCUUGCAAAGCAUUUACCCGAGAAUGAGCGUGGCGCAUCCCUACGAGUCGUGGUUCAAGUCCUCGCACCCUGGCAUACCCACUGGGGAUGUGGGCACCACGGGCGCGUCCGCGUGGUGGGACGUGGGAGCCGGUUGGAUUGACGUGCAGAACCCGAACGGAGCCGCGCUCCAGACGUCCCUUCACUCCGGUGGGCUGCAGACUUCCUUACACUCUCCUUUGGGGGGAUACAACUCAGACUACUCGAGUUUAAGCCACUCUGCCUUUAGCACCAGUGCGUCCCCCCAUCUGCUGACCACCGGUCAGCAUCUCAUGGACGGAUUCAAACCAGUGCUCUCCUCGUACCCGGACUCCAGUCCCUCUCCCCUGGGUGGAGCUGGAGGUUCCAUGUUGACAGGGGGUCCGACGGCCUCGUUGGCGGGAUCUCCACGGUCCUCGGCGCGGCGCUACUCGGGCAGAGCGACGUGCGACUGUCCGAACUGUCAAGAGGUGGAACGCCUGGGUCCAGCUGGCGUCAGUCUCCGCAGAAAAGGGCUACACAGCUGUCACAUUCCCGGCUGUGGGAAAGUGUACGGCAAAACGUCGCACCUCAAGGCUCAUUUGAGGUGGCACACCGGAGAAAGGCCGUUUGUGUGUAACUGGUUGUUCUGUGGGAAGAGGUUCACGCGCUCCGACGAGCUCCAGCGACAUUUACGCACGCACACCGGCGAGAAGCGCUUCGCUUGUCCCGUGUGUAACAAGAGGUUCAUGCGGAGCGACCACCUCAGUAAACAUGUCAAAACGCACAGUGCCGGAGGCUCGUCAGGGUCGGGGUCUGGGGCGAGUGGAGGAAAACGAGGGAGUGACACCGACAGCGAGCACAGUGUGCCCGGUAGCCCCUCGUGCCACUCACCUGACCCGUUGCAACCUCCCGAGUCUGUCCCGACGACGGGCAUGAACGGCCGUGCAAACUCCCUCGAUUAAUCCCGUUCAAAAUGCACGUACACGAAUCUCGAAUGGACUAGAAACUUACCUGACGGUUCACAAAAAGGUUGUGCUGUUCGUUCGGUAACACUUUAUAAAAACUUUCAAUAAUUCCGAUUGUUAACAAACACUAUCAGAUCGCUAGUUAACGCACAUUCAAUUCUGAAUAUCCUAUGUGAA